GUUCCUAGUUCGGGCUGCUUGGUUCCUCGACUCUUGGAGACGGACUAUGAUAAGGAAAUCGUAGUAAUACGUACUACGUAGGUAAGUGGUAAGUACCAAGGAUAUGAUAAUAACAAGACAUAACUCAGAUUGCCUAAACACGGCGUCACUGCCCCACUCACCUUAUCUCUGCAUUUGUAUCGUUACUGUUAUUACAGUACAGUUCUUUCAUGCCUCGCAGGGCCUUAUCCACGUCCAACGAACUCGUCAACCUUCUGGAAGGCCAGCAGAAAAUUCCACUGUCUUUCCAGUCUCUCCCCCUUCGCCCGUUUGGCUUUGCACUAUCCAAACUGCUCUGAUCCAGCCAGUCGUCGCGUCGAUCCAUCUCCCUUUUGUCUCUGCUUCGCUCGCUCCCUGGUUCCCCUCCCCUCUCUCUUUCCUUCCCUCUCUUACAGUCGCCUUUCUUUAGUCUGUCCAGUCAAUCCUUCCAUCGAAUCUUCUCCUUUUUCCUACGCUUCUGGCUCGAGUCCUCUCCCUCUAUCUCUCCUCACUUUCCUUGCUAUUUUUCCCUUUUUCUCCCCCUUCUGUAUUCUUGUAUUUCUUCUCACUGAUUUAUAUUAUUGUUAUUAUUAUUACUACUCGUAUUACCAGAUAGGGUUCGCUUUAAAACCCUCAUUGUCGCUUGUCUGGUCCGUGGCACAGCGACUACGUACUUAACACCUACCCACCACCACCAACACCAACACCACACUGCCAACUCGACUCCUACAGCCGUCGUUUCUGUCCUCCUUCCUAUCUGUCACGGCCGCUCGCCCAAUGGCGCUUUGAGCUAACCGGUGCAGAAACGUCAUCGUCAUCCUGUUCCAAAGUCUCCGUCGCAUCUAACAGGCGCAUCCCUGAAUGUUCUGCGACACCACUUCCCUCUCACUCUCCACCCCCUCCAGUCGACGUCGAUAAUCUUCACGGUCAUUCAUUCUGACCCUAUCAACCUUUUGAUACGUCCAAUUGAAUUCUUCCUUUCGCACCGCGGUUUCUCAUAUCGUCCUUAUUAGAUAUCCUCGACCAUCGCUGGUUGACGUAAUUGAACUACUUCGGCCGCCUGGAGAGAUUUUGAUACCGAUUACGACUUGAAGACGAAGACGAACCAUACUCGGUGGAUACAGCUACCUUGGCUGUGGACGAGACUCCCUCCGCCUUCCCUUCAUAUAUUCAACCAUAUGAACGCGCUGGUCCCGUGUACUGCUCGAUAACAUGCACGGAGAAAUGGAGUCGGUGGGAGGUACAAACCAAUCUCGCGACGCAAUGGAGUGGAUGGAAUUCUCUGCAAUAUACAUUGACCCGCGCGUAAAACUGGAGAGAUGGGUGCGUAGGGCUGUGGAUGGUGCACCCCCUUCUAGCCCGGAACUGCAUGCAGAUGAGGUGGAGUCGCUUGGAUGGGAUCUGGAUCUCCUCCUAAAUGUUUGCAAGCAGAUCUACAUCUGCCACUCGAGUGUCUCGUUUACGACCCAUCUAGCGGAACUCUCGGGGAAUGCCGUGAAUAGCUGUACACCAGUCGUAGCCUUUUUCAGCGUUGGUUUUGGGAACGAGGAAUCCCUUCGGCAGGGUAGAAGGCCUAGCGACCGCAAGUCGCUACUCGAUUCCGAGACCCGCUCUCCAUCGCCUGCAUCUAGCCGUCCGGAGUGUCCACUUUCCUCCCAAAUGGAAGAGACGUAUGGCCUGCAAUUACUCUCGACCGUCGCUGCGAAUGCACAGAUCGAAGAUGGUCCGAACCUGGUCAUUCCCGUUGCCGUUGUGCGUUCAGCGGGCCCCGGACCUGUCGGUUUUCCUGCUCACCCGAAUGAAAUCGCAAAGUGCUUGGAUGCAGGGGCUGUUGACGUCCUGUCAUCCCCGCUCGACAAGACCAGAAUACAUGGCCUGGUGGUUCAUGCCUAUCGCACACGCAAGACCGCCCAAAAAGAAACGUCACGCUUUUUGGCGAAAAGGAAUCUACGGAAGCAAUCCUGGGUGGGCGUGCAUGACGAGAAGCCGUACGCGUAUCUAAGGGAAGCGAUGUAAGUUGCAAACGUGCCCCUUUCACUUCGGAUGGUCUUUUCGUCGGUGAAACCCACCUUGAUGCCAGGAAGAAUAGAUAUGGAUGCGUUUCCCGACAGCUGCUGACAGCAAUACCUUUGGUCUAGGGUCUCCAAACUCAUGAAAGGGAUCUGCAACCCUGAGGAUGCUGUUGGAGAAUUUGAGGAUCGCGAACUCGACGUCAUUGCGGAACGUGCGGAAUUUGUAAAGGAUCAGUUGGGCAACUGGUCCUUUGCUGCCCAUGAUUUUACCGAAGACGAACUUGCAUUUGCGGCAUGUGAGAUGCUUCGGCAUGGUUUCGACGUUCCUGGACUUGAACGAUGGCGCUUGUCACCAGACGAACUCAGGAAGUUCAUUCUCGCUUGUCGCUCUGCCUACAAUUCCUUCGUUCUUUACCAUAAUUUUCGACAUGCCAUCGACGUUUUGCAGUCCAUCUUUUGCUUUCUGCUUCACAUCGGGGCUUUGGCACCCUACGGUAGCUUCAAAACACCCCCAACCAAGUCGCCCAUUGUAUCUCUCCUCACUCCCUUUGACGCUCUCACACUUCUCAUAUCGGCCAUUGGCCAUGAUGUCGGCCACCCCGGCGUUAACAACGUUUUCCUAAUUAAACUCAACGCGCCCUUGGCGCAGCUCUACAAUGAUAAUUCUGUCCUGGAAGCCUUCCACUGCGCUGCCUUCUCUCAGAUACUGCGUCGUUAUUGGCCGGCUGCUUUCAAAGAACCGCAACUCAGGAAGUUGCUCAUCAGCUCGAUCCUGGCUACUGAUAUGGGUAUUCACCAUAACUACAUGGAACGACUUGCGGCUUUGCAAGAAAAAUUCCACCACGACGGCGGAUCCCUCGAUGGCUGGAAGCAACAAGAUAUUGAUUCAUACAAAGCACUCGUCUGUGGUUUGCUCAUCAAGUGUGCCGAUAUUAGCAAUGUGGCACGGCCGUGGGACGUUGCCGAAGAGUGGACCAAGAUAUUGCAGGAGGAAUUUGCCAACCAAGGCGAAAUGGAAAAGGCAGUUGGAUUGGAAACAGCUUUAUUUGGCGGGCCCCCGGAAAUUGGAAACGUCUACAAACUGGCCACGGGCCAGAUUGGUUUCAUGUCCAUCUUUGCCCUGCCUCUCUUUGAAGGCGUAUCGGAUCUCCUACCACAGAUGUCUUUCACCGUGGACCAAAUUCGAACUAACCAACAGACUUGGCAAAAGCUGGCUGAGCGUGAGAAACAAAAGCAGGCUCACUGUCUUGAAAAGGUCUUCUCCCCCCGCUCCGGUAGCCCAGAUUCAAAUGCCAAGGUAUCCGGCCCAAACCAAGGAAGUGGCGGUUCUGAUGAUCCCCAAGACUUGUCCCAAGCCGAACAUACAGCGGUAAACGGCACCGGGGCGAAUGGGCAUGCAGAUGGCUCGCCACACUCCCGGUCUGCAUUCAAUGAGGAUACCUCGGAUUCAGUCUCAUCACCGAACUGCAACAAUAUUCCACUGGCAGAGAUGCCGUCUCGGAAGUCAUCUAGUGCUAUUCCUGCCGAUAUUGCCAUGCUUGCCAUCGGAGAAGCUCCACAAGACGACAGUGGGUUGACGGGAUUGCAACACUCGACUGACUCUGACGCAGCGGCUGAUGCUAGUUCUUCAGUUUAUGAUGAAAAUGCAUCAACCGCUGCUGACUCUACAGACACAACGUCUGAGCGUCCGAGCAGUUCUCGACACGGUCAUCACAGCCAACAUAGACACCAGGCAGACAACAGCUCUUCUGGAGGCGCAUCUUACCCAUCAUCCUAUCGACAAAGUUGUGCUCAAAGACACAGCGUGAGUACCCGCAGCAAUACAGUGAUGACACCUAUUUCCCCAGCAACCAAUGCGACCAGUUUUCUUACCGUGGAUAGCGGCGAUGAACUGGGGCCUCCUGGGGUUGGAGUGAUCUUCAAAGAAAACGGAUUCCUCAAGCACGAUGAUCUUAUGUACCGACCGAGCUCUAGCGAACACUAUCCUAUGGAUGGAGGCGAAGAUGGGAUAUAUUACCACACUACUGACCAACGUGAUCUGAGAAAAAGUGCUGUGACGACCACGGUUCUUGGCAAUGAGCAAAUCAGUCCUCCUCGGUCUACUACUGCAGAAAACGCCGAACACGAGGGCCGGAACGAAGAUGAGGGCGUAAAUGAUGGUAACCCACCCCCACACAGAUUGCCCAAACGUCGGAGUCGACUGCGUCUGGCCUUCUGGAAACGCAAGGGCCAUUUUCUACAUCGACAGGAAGUGAGCAAUGAGACAUGACGUCGCGCACUGCCAGCAUAAUUUUCUCUUUUCUUUUGAAAUUUAUGUCGAUUUGGUCUCUGUCUCUCGCCCCUGUCUCGCCGGGAGGCUGUUCAGUGGACUGGAGUUACUGGGAUAAUGCAAAUUCAUGAUUGCUCACUUGGUGAUGAUAUUCGGGAUUUACGAUGGUUGCAAUGAUUU